GUCUGAACUCCAGAGUCCAAACUUCAGCAGGCAGCUGAAUGCUGGAACUGCAGGAAGAUGGCCCAUUGUGGUGCGGCUACCUCAGCCCGCCUGUCCACGGGAAUCCGGACGCUGGCUAUGGGGGUGGUGGGGAUGGUGCUAGCGCUAGUGGCUGUUCUGCUGCUCCGGACCGCCACUUUCCCGGGUCCCGACGAGCUGCGAGGCUGGGGGCGCACGGGGGCAUCACGGAUCCCCGCCCAGUUCAGCGAAGCCGAACGGACAGCGAUGAAAAAGUCGUUGAAAGAAGCGAUCCAGAUUCCCACAGUGGCCUUCACCUCUGAGAACAUCAACACCACAGCCCUGGCUGAGUUUGGGGAACACCUUCGGAAAGUCUUCCCUUCUAUGUUCUCCACUAGCUUCAUCCAUCAUGAGGUUGUGGAAGAAUACAGCCACCUGUUCACCAUUCGUGGGUCAGAUCCCAAGUUGGAACCCUACAUGCUACUUGCUCACAUUGAUGUUGUACCUGCUUCUGAAGAUGGCUGGGAGGUGCCACCUUUCUCCGGGCUGGAGCGUGAUGGCUUCAUCUAUGGCCGGGGCACACUGGACAACAAAAACUCUGUUAUGGCAAUCUUGCAGGCCAUGGAACUGUUGCUGAGAAGAAACUAUGUCCCUCAGAGGUCUUUCUACAUCUCCCUAGGACAUGAUGAGGAGGUAUCUGGGAAAAAUGGAGCACAGAAGAUUGCAGCCCUACUGGAGUCACGAGGUGUCCGGCUGUCCUUCAUCAUAGACGAGGGAGGCUAUAUCAUGGAUGGUUUUAUCCCUGGCGUUGAGAAACCCAUUGCAGUAAUUUCAGUGUCGGAGAAAGGUGGCAUGAACCUCAUGCUACAGGUAGACUCUGCUCCAGGCCAUUCAUCGAUGCCCCCAAAGGAGACAAGCAUUGGCAUCCUUGCGGCAGCUGUCAGCCGGCUGGAGCAAACACAGAUGCCUAACAUGUUUGGAAGCGGGACUGAAAAGAGCAUGUUGGAGCAACUUGCAGGACAGUUUGGUUUCCCAUUGAAUGUCAUCAUGACCAACCUAUGGAUAUUUGGACCCCUUAUGAGCAGAAUACUUGAGAAAAGUCCCAUCACCAAUGCACUGGUCCGAACCACUGUGGUACUCACCAUGUUCAAUGCAGGAAUCAAGGUGAAUGUCAUCCCCCCAAAAGCCCAAGCAACAAUCAAUCUUCGCAUCCAUCCUUCCCAGACUGUCCCAGAGGUGCUACAGAUUAUCCGGAAUAUUGUGGCUGAUGACCGAGUCCAGUAUCAAGUGCUCACUGCCUUUAACCCUCUCCCCAUCAGCCCCUAUGAUGAUGAAGCCUUUGGCUACCAGCUUCUCAGACAUACCAUCAAAGACGUCUUCCCAGAGGUCACUGUCGUCAUCCCAGGAAUUUGUGUCGGCAAUACUGACGUCCGACACUAUGCUAACAUCUCCACCGGCCUCUAUCGAUUUAACCCUAUCUCUCUCGAUCCUCAGGACUUCAAGAGUUUCCAUGGUUUAAAUGAGAGGAUCUCCAUCCAAGCCUAUGAGACCCAGGUGAUGUUCAUGUUUGAAUUAAUCCAGAAUGCAGAUAUUGAGAAGGUUCCCAAACCUCAUUCUGCUGGACAUGAGCUGUGAGGGGAUGGUGACUCCCUCCAACUGUCUGCCCUGGGAGAUGCUAAGCCCUCCUCCAAAGUGGUCAGCGUCUGGGUGAGAGUGGAGAGUGGCAAAUGCUCAUAAUUUUCCAGGAAAAUUUUGAACUAAUUCAUGCAGGCCUUCCUGCCUCAACUCCAGAUUUGUUCAUAAGCAGGGGUUCAGUGAUGGGGAAGGGGCUGAAUAUAGGCAGCUUGAGCCUGAUCCCCAAGAUCUCCUAACCUCAAAGCAAGAAGCUCCCUUGCUCAUCCCCCACCACCAUGGAGUAUGCCUCUCCCAGGUCCUAUUGCUGUCUUUCAGGCCCAGGGGCCCCCUGCUCAGACAUUUUUUUUCCCUAGUGAAGAUUUUCAACGGCAGACAUUAUUGCUUAUCCCUUAUCCUUGCCUCUGUGGUUCUGACUCUAGGAUUCCCAGUUUCUGGCCCUCUCCUGGACUUUCCUCCCUCUCUUGUUUCCCUCUCUCUCCCUCCCUUUCCCUCUCCCUCUCCCCCUUGUGCUGGGAGGAACCCAAAUAUGAAACGAGCCAAACUAACAGAGAUGAAAUAAAGUGAUCAGUACCCAGCAGCUCAGUUCCUGCUGAUGAGGGCUCUGCCUCUGGUCACUUAUUGGGGAAACAAAGGCCUGGCUCUGGGGACCCCCAAAAUGGGGAGGGUUGCUAGGAGGCGAGAGCAGCCCUGGGAGGGAGCAAGGACAAUGAGAGCAGAACCUGAGUGAGGCCUGAUUCUUGGGACAGGGAGGGAGAAGGGCCUCUUGUCCUUGGGCUGCCCCCAGCUCCCCUGGGUUGUUCCCCUCCCUCCCACUUGGCCUGUAGUUUUGCUCCCUCCUGCAGGCCUGUUCCUUCCACUGCUGCCCCUGCUCUCGGCACCCCUGCCAGCCCUAAUCUGCGGAAACAUUCCCCUGGCACAGCUUCACCUCCCCCCCUUGCUUUGUACUCCCAAAGGGGAGGGUCCAAGUGCCCUCAUGGCCCCAGCCUCUCUGCUGAGCCGCUAGCCAGCAGGGCUCCAGCCCUGGCCCAGCCCCAUGGCCUGAUUGAGUCUGAUCAAAGGCAGGGGGAGGGGUGCUCUGGGGUCUAGAGAGAAGAAGAAAUGGGGUUUGGGCUAUUCUAAUUGAGAUGAUGAGACGGAGAUGGAAUCGAGGUGUUGGCCUCUGUUAGGGGAAGGGAGGAAGUUCCUAAGGUUACCCUUCUGAGCACAUGAGAAUCCGUUUCCAUGACAACCAGGUGGGGGGCCUGCAAGCCCUGGUGCUGUUUGUCCUGAUUUGGGAGCUGCUCUUUGUGGAUCACUGGGUCGUUAGGGUAAUAGAAGGACAUUUAGAGGGGGAUGGGCUAAGGAAAGCCUUCUUCAUUUGAACCGAUCCCUGGCUUUCCCUGGGGUCAGCAGAUAGGAUUGCCAAGAACUCCUCAGAAUUCCCAUAGAGCAAGAGAUGACAUUGACAUAUCAAGACUCUACUCUUGUCUCUCCCCUGUACCCCUCCCCCACACCCUUUUCGUACAUGUGGACCCUUUCUUUGGAGCUGACCCUAAAGGGAAUCACACUAGAGUAGAAAAGACAACUCAGUCCGGAAUCAGGUAAAAUCUGGGUUCCAUCACUUACUCCCUGGGAAGUAUUAGUCAAGUCAUUGAAUCCUCUGCUUCUCAAUUUCUUCAUCUGUGAAAUGGGUAAGUUGGACUAGAUCCUAAGCAUAUUUUUGUCAAAGAAUCUUUUGGAAGGCUGGUGAAGCCCAUGGACCCUUCCUCAGAGUAAUAUUUUUAAAUAAUUGAAGUGAAUGUUCAGUUUCAGUUAGAGAUUAAUGAAAAUAAAGAUGUGAUUUUUUUUUCCCAUCCAAGUUCUCAGACCCCUGGAAAUCUAUGGGAUACAUGGAACCCAGGCUAACAAUCCCUGGAAAAGAUAAUAUCCAAGAUCCAGUUUCCAGGGUAGGCAGCAAAGGUGAAGAAAAUAUUGGUUGACUCCAGUGUUUUUUAAAAAUUAUCUGGAUUUCCGUCAUCUAGGAACACAUCACACAGGGGUUUCAGUUGCAGCCGUGGCUGUUAGAUAGUUGAAAGAGUCCUGGACAGCCAGUAUUGGGGGCGAGAUGGGAUCCAUGAGACCUGGUGUCUAGUGGUUGUUCCCCAGGAAAUGCUCAAGAACAGGAUUGAAAAAGGCUACUGUGCUCUGGGACUUGAUUCACAUCUCUGUAGCAAUGAUGUUGUCCCUUCCCUUCUUUCCUAUGGCUUGCCUUUGUCCCAGCAUCCCCCAGAGGGUCUCCACACACCACUCUCCCCUUUACUACCAUCUCCUCUUGUGUUGUGCCUCUAGGAAGUAGGUAUAGGGCUUUCUUCUGUAGCUUAGCAUGGGUCUA